AUCCGCCACAUCCGCCUCUUCGGACCGGCGACGGGAGAGAAUCGAGCGUUAUGAGGGGAAUCCAGUCUCUACACCGCCUCUCCAAAAGAUGUUAUGCUGCUGCAAGGAGGAGCGAGGCUCUAACUGAGCCCUAUGCAAGCCACAAAACAGCCCCUACUGCUCCCCUCACGGCCCAGGAUGUUCAGGUAUCCAAGCUUCCAAAUGGUCUGGUGAUAGCAUCGCUGGAGAACUAUUCGCCUCUGUCCACUGUUGGUGUGUUCGUGAAAGCUGGGAGUCGCUAUGAGCCAGCAGAGAACCAGGGGGUCUCUCAUAUACUACGGUUGGCAGCCAACCUGACUACUAAGGGAGCUUCUGCCUUUAAAAUCUGUCGCGGCAUGGAGGCAGUAGGGGGCAGUCUAAGUGUGACAUCAUCGAGGGAGACCAUAGUGUAUUCUGUGGACUGCUUGAGAAACCACCUAGACACUGUGUUGGAGUUUUUGGUCAAUGUGACCACAGCUCAAGAGUUCCGGCCAUGGGAGGUUGCAGAGUUGACCUCACGGGUGAAGAUUGACAAGGCUCUGGCCCAGCAGUGUCCACAGAUAGGUGUCAUUGAGAAGUUGCAUGAGGCGGCAUACAAAAAUGCUCUGUCCAACUCUUUGUAUUGCCCUGACUACAUGGUGGGCCACGUCUCCCCUGAGCAGCUGCAGUCCUUUGUUGAGAACAAUUUCUCCUCUGGCAGAAUGGCUCUUGUAGGAGUAGGUGUGAAGCACUCCACACUGAGGCAGUUAGGGGAGGGGCAGCUGAGUGUCCGGCGUGGAGCUGGAACACCCACAGCAAAGGCUGUAUACCGUGGAGGCGAACUAAGGAUGCAGAACAGUGACAGCCUGGUCCACACACUGGUUACGUGUGAAGGGGGUAUGACGGGUACUACAGAGGCCAAUGCCUUUAGUGUGCUGCAGAGGAUCCUGGGAGCUGGUCCACAUGUUAAGAGGGGCUCCAACAUCACCAGUAAACUAAGCCAGGGAAUUGCCAAAGCUACCACACAGCCCUUUGAUGCCAUAUCGUUCAAUACUACAUACUCCGACUCUGGCCUGUUUGGGGUUUACACCAUUUCACAAGCAGAUUCUGCAGGAGAGGUGAUCAAAGCAGCCAUUGCUCAGGUGACGGGUGUGGCUGAGGGAAACCUCUCUGAGGCCGAUGUCUCCAGAGCAAAGAACCAGAUAAAGGCUGAAUACCUGAUGUCCAUGGAAAGUUCUGAGGGCCUGAUGGAGGAGAUGGGGGCCCAGGCCCUGGCCACUGGGACCUACCAGGCACCUGAAACGUUUCUUCAAAGCAUAGAUACUCUCACCCACGCUGAUUUGGUGAAGGCUGCGAAAAAAUUCGUGGAUGGCAAGAGAUCCAUGGCAGCUAGUGGACAGCUCAUCAAUACACCCUUUUUGGAUGAAUUAUGAAAUUUGGAGUAUAGGAACAUUUAACAUUUUAACUCGUGACAGGUUAUGUCAGGAUGCUUGCAAACAAAAAGAAACUGAAGCUUGACAGCUUCUCACAACAAACAAUACCCAUGUUGUCACCAAGCAUUUGUAGUUUGUCCUGCAGAUGUGUUUUGUUCAUUUCACUGUAUAUCUCAUGUAAAUUCAUUAAAUUACCUACCUCCA